AUGGAUGGUCGUCUACUACGCUUGGUUCGGGAACGUGCAGCGGAGCAACCACCUGCGGGCGGCCAGCAAGGGGGAGCUGGUGGGGGAGGAGCUGAGCAUGAGGCUCCUGUUGCUGUAGGCAUUGAUGGAGGAGCUGUUGCACCGACCAUUGACAUGGGAAUGAUCGGCACGAGCUAUGGAGAUGAGCACAUCUCCGUGACGCCGCUGCUGGAGGGAAGGCACGACCUUACCGCAUGGGACAGCACCAAGCCCGGCCCCAAACAACCCUGUGCAACGAAGAGAACCCAGCUAGCCCAACCCAGGAAGGGAGAUGACGAGAUGGCCGAAUCCUACUACAACAAUACUCGCACCAUUCCAGCGGAGCUGCUGACCAUUCGACAGCAGGUCCAUAUGGCCACGUUCAUUGCGCAUGUGUUGAAGGGACUGCCGCCGGAGUAUGGAUUUCUUUGCUGCAAGCUCAACAUUUCUAGCCGAGAGAUGACGGUCAAACGUGUGUGCAUUGAGGUGGUGAUGGAGGAGCAGACCCUUUCCAUCGAACAGAGCUACAAGCAGAUCACCAGUGAUGCAUCGGCUUUCUAUGGCGCUGUCAACACAAUCGUGGCUACAACGGGGGUCAACGGGAAGGAAGGGAAAGGAGGAAGGGAGCAGAUGGACAAGAAGAAGGAUGGCAAGCGGGAGAAGAAGCGAGCUCCCUUCAAGGGGCGCUGCAACUACUGCAAUAAGGAGGGAUACAUGGCUGCCAAGUGUCCGAAGAAGAAGGAUACAAUGCCCACGGCAGCCGCGAACGUAGCCGAAGGAGACGGGAAGGGCGUGGUGCUCACCGUCGUGUGUUUGGUUGCGAAGUUGCUGGUCGACGACAAGAACUUGUGGUUCCUUGACUCGGGAUGCUCCCAACAAAUGACAAGCUGCAAGGAGGCAUUCAUGGCGAUCCGUGACCCAUCUGCAACGAAAUCCGUCAAAGGGUUUGAUGGUUCUAUGCAGGAAUUCGCCGGUGUUGGUGAGGUUUUGCUGGAGGGCACUAACGGCUUGCGUGUGACCCUGCAUGAUAUCCUCUUUGUGCCAAGAAUGAAGGCCAAUUUGGUCACCCCUGGGCAGCUCACGGAAAAAGGAGCAAAUCUGCAAAUCGAAGAAGGUGUCACCCGCAUCAUCGCAUCGGGAGGACAAGUGGCUGCAACAGCACCCUACUGCCAUUGUCUUCUUUGCCUUGACCUGAAAUCGUGGCCAGCAAGCAACGGCACAACGGCAGCAGCAGCAUGCAACGGCAUGAUGGCUGCAUCGGCUUGCAACGGCACGGUGGCUGGAGCAGCAUGCCACGGCACGGUGGCUGCAGCGGCAUGCAAUGGCACGGCGGCUGGAGCAGCAUGCAACGGCACGACAACCACGAGCGUUGGCGUGUUAGGCAUGGACCUGGAGAAACGAGGUGAGGAUAUGCCGUGCACCUCUUGCCAUGAAGCCUAA